AUGUCGAUGAAGCUUGCCAUCACAGAUCUCCUCCCAUUACCAAAUUGCUCGACUAAGAUACCAAGACUCGGCUUCGGGGUCUAUCAGUCCUCACCCUCCCAAUGCGUACAAUCCUGUCUCAAUGCAUUCAAAUCAGGAUACCGCCACAUCGACACUGCUCAAUUCUACGCCAAUGAAGCCGAAGUCGGCAAAGCUGUACGAGAUUCGGGAAUCAAACGCAGUGAUGUGUUCUUGACCACCAAGAUUCUGAGUGCUGGUGGCAGCAUGCAGAAGAGCUAUGAGAAAUGCCUAGCUAGUGUGGAAAGAAUCGACUCAGGCAAAGAUGGAUACGUUGAUUUGUUUCUGAUACACAGCCCCAACUCUGGCAAGGAGAAGAGGAAAGAAAUGUGGCUGGCGCUUGAAAAACUAUAUGAAGAAGGCAAGGCCAAAAGUAUCGGUGUUAGUAAUUACGGUGUGGGUCAUAUCGAGGAGAUGAAGAGUUAUGCCAAAGUGUGGCCGCCACACGUGAACCAAAUUGAGCUGCAUCCAUGGUGUCAGCAGAAGACGAUAGACCAAUAUUGUCAGAAGCAUGGCAUAGUGGUUGAAGCAUAUUGCCCUCUGGUCAGGAAUUACAAGGCCAGCGAUCCGACACUAGUAGAGAUAUCAAAGAAGCACGGCAAGACCACAGCUCAGGUCUUGGUCAGAUAUUGCUUGCAGAAGAAUUGGGUACCCUUGCCGAAGAGCGACAAUCCAGAGAGGAUAGCCCAAAAUGCUGAUGUAUAUGGCUUUGAACUUGCUGAGGAAGAUAUGUCAAAGCUAGAUAGCCUUAAUCAAGGAGCCUCUGGCGCCCUCGUUCAGGCUGUUGAUAACAACUAG